CAGGUUCAAGAUCGAGCCGCUGAUUAAAUUAGCGGUUGUCGAGAAGAGCAAUGAAAAGGCGAUCGUAAAAAUGCGGUCCGGGGAAAGCCUCAGAGUAAGUUCUGGACGGAUAGUGUGCACCGUCAUUGCACACGGAUCAGAAAUACACAGCAAAGCCGACGCUGUCCUUCCAAUUUCGGCAAUCACGUGCUUCGAACCCUCAUCGGACAUCUUUGUGCCCUGAGGACUUGGAAACGAGAUCAGAUGAAAAUUCAGCCGUGGCGGAACAGGUCUCUUCGCGUCAAGGUUAUGACUGAAACUGCCUCUCAACAUUGCACUGCUAGUCUCACAGCAACAUACUGCUUCCAUCUGUUGAGAUCUGUUGGCUCAGCAGCGGGCCGCUCAGUGUCAUUUCAAGAUCAUCAGAAGUAGUGAUACGCGAAUGAGGCAUAGAUGAUAGCGCUCGCUUGACGCGCAGAUCGCUCUCGCCUCUUUCUCUUUCUCCCCGGUCUCUCUGCCCCCUUCACGAACGCGAGGACUGAGCCAUGUCAUUGGUCCGCGGCGUGGGAACAUCGCUAUGCCUAUUCGUACUGCUCUUCUUACACGCGCUUAGUGCACACGCCCGACCGACUGAAACGACAUUCUCGAGACCCUUGGCCGUUCAACGCAGGGCUGCUGCUGGACCAGCACUCACGUCGUCGACCUGGAUCUGGUCAUCAUCCACAUCCACAUCCACAUCAACCACUGCGCCGACCGCAUUCCUAAAAACGCUCGCUUCGCCUAACGGCCAGACUGCGAUUAGCGCGGUCAUCAGUCUCGCUGCGGUCAACAACUUCACGCUGUGGGUGAACGGCCAGCCCAUUGGACAACAGGCGUCCAUCUGGACUGAAGCGAGUGUGUUGAGGGUAGCUCUCAACACGAGUCUCAACGUGUUUUCUGUGCUGGUCGAAGACGAGGAUGCGACCUCGAGCGUGCCCCAGGGAUUCGUCGCGGCGCUUUCCGUGACAUUCAGUGAUGGAUCGUCCUCGACGAUAGUUUCUGAUUCGACGUGGCUUGCAUCAAGCAACCCGCCGACGGGAUUCCCUUCCUCCUCGGAUCUGACCGGGUUCUCGCCUGCUCAGUCGCUAGCGCUGUUUGGGAGUGGGGCAUGGGGGAGCAGCGUCAGUGUGCCUUCGCCGACAUCUUCCAGUUCCAUCUCGCUACAAGGCAGCACCUGGCUAUGGUCGACGGCGAAUGCCAGUACAAAUGCGCCCCCUGGGACCAUUGGUCUGCGCAAGAGGUUUUCGGUUCCGGCUGGGAAGACGGCUCGAUCUGCGAUAGCGCUCAUGUCGUGUGACAACUGGUUUUCGCUUUACUUCAAUGGAGCGUUCAUUGCUGCGCCCCCGAUUGACCCAAAUACGGUUGGGGAGACAUACCAGGCAUGGCAGUUCGCGCAGCAGGUGGCCAUUCCCAUCUCUGGCUCCGACGUUGUCUUCGAGGUGCUCGCGCAGAACUUUCUCAGCAACGGCCCCAGCGGCGGGACGUCUUCCGCUGGUUUCAUCGGAACGAUUCUGGUCACCUACGCUGAUGGGUCGAGUGAUACCAUACAUUCUGACGGCACUUGGCUUGCUGCGGCGGCCAAUGUGACUGCGGCAGGCUUCACGGGGAUGCAGGACAGUGCGUUAAGCUCUGCCAUAGCGCAAGGACUGUAUGGAAUAGCUCCCUGGGGCCAGCAGGUGGGCACUGCGGACGUUUUGGCAGCCGCCAACGUGCCCUCUGUUGUUGCAGUUUCGCCCGUCUCCACUGUGCCACCCACCCAUCGCUCGGGCGGAGCAGCCAUUGGGGCCGGAGCAGCUAUCGGCGCAGUGGCUCUGAUCUCCAUCAUUGUCGGAAUAUUCAUCAUGCGCCAGCGACGACAUCGAACAAAUCUGGCACGUUUGUCGAAGCACGCACUGUCCGCCGCCGCCGAAUUCGAUCCCUUCCCGCUGACCGUCCAGCCUCAGCCACCGCAGCAGCAACAUCCCAUCCAAAUGCUCAACGUGUCCUCCUCGUCCGAGCCGUUGAUCCCCAAUCGGCCGGGCGUGCCGAUAUCGCAUGCUGAUUCGUCGCACUUGGACGGAUCGUCGCACCAGACUCCUGAUUCGCAAGAGGUCGAACUCGGCCCUCCUCCAAGUUACUCGUAUACUAGCGCGUCAGAGAGUGCCAUUUCUGCAGCUGCGGCCAACAACGCCAAAUCCAGCGGGGCGUUAUGGCCGAACGAGGCGAGUAGUCAGGGGCCAUCUGCACCGGCCAGUGCAGCGGGAUCGAUCCCUAAUCCGUGGGGCGCAUCAUCGAGUGUCGGCGGUUCCUCAGGCAGGUGAUUUGAGACUGGACAAUUGUACAUACCCUAGUAAUCUCUUUGGGAAGUCACUUAAUCAAGUAAUGUAUGUGUAAACGAGUCGGGCCGACCUGAUUCGCGCCACGACCACGAGUAUUCCGUGCCACUCCUGUGAGAAGUGGGCACCCGAUUCUUUCAUGCGUUUGCAAAGUGCCGUCCGACUGUAUGCCGCGUUCGUGUGGCGCUCUCUCUCUUUCGAUUCGCGUGUCAUUGCAGAUCUCCGGUCCACCGAAUGUCAGCUCCCCGAUGGGCGGUCGCACGAGUACAUCUGCAAGAUAUCCCCGCCCGAUUCUCACGGCAUCAUCCGUAGAAUGGCUCCCGGAUGCCAGUCAGACCUCGUGAACGAGAUGUUCAAUGCAUCCAAUGAGUUCCUCCUGGAUAACUGAAGAGCGACGUUCUCGAUGAUGGACCCUGCCGACAGUCUCGCGCGCCCGUCUGCUCUCGCUGGCAGGCAGGCCUCGGACAUUCUGACCUGCCCACGGGGUGGCAGAUGUGCCAUUGGUCCGGUUGAUCGCGCGAUAUUCUGUCCUUCAACGCUGUUCUCACUGCCGUACAGGUCACCUGUCAUGCGCAAGGACGGAAAGGCAUGCACUCUGGAAUCCAUCGUUUGAG